UCAAGCGGCAUGAAGACUUGUUACGAGUUUUUAAAAAAGACAAGCAGAUCAUUUUACGCAGUUAUCGAAAUGUUGAAUCCCGAAAUAAAAGAUGCAAUGUGUCUGUUCUACUUGGUUCUCAGAGCCUUGGACACUGUAGAAGAUGAUAUGACUAUAGAGAAAAGUUUGAAGAUUAAAUUACUUUCACAAUUUCACAAAUUUUUGUACGCUGAAAGCUGGAAUUUUACAAAAAGCUGCAGUAACGACCGAAUUGUGUUAGAAAAUUUCUCCGUGAUUUCCAAAGAGUUCAGACACUUAAAUAAGAAAUAUCGCGAGAUUAUUAGCAAGAUAUGCAUGAAAAUGGGCAAAGGAAUGAUCAAGUUCUCGAACUCUUCACCUCAAAGUCUCAAAGAGUUGGAUGAGUACUGCCAUUAUGUAGCUGGCUUGGUUGGCAUUGGUUGCACUUCCUUGUUCACUAGCUCCGGCCUGGAAACAAACAACAUCAAACUUACAACAGACAUUUCCAAUUCUCUGGGAUUAUUUUUGCAGAAAACAAAUAUAAUCAGGGAUUAUUUGGAGGAUGUUAAUCAAAACCGAUAUUUUUGGCCCAAACAGGUUUGGAGCAAAUAUGUCGAAAAUAUAGAAUACUUCAGUAAGCCAGAGUUUUCUAGAGAAGCGCUUCAGUGUUUAAAUGAACUCAUUACAAAUGCUUUGGCUCAUGUCAGUGAUGUUAUAAACUAUCUGUCGGCAAUCAGUGACGAGUCCGUGUUUCGAUUCACUGCCAUACCACAGGUGAUGGCAAUAGCCACGUUGGAAAGAUGCUACAACAACGUGUUGUUGUUUAAUGGAGUUGUUAAGAUCAGAAAAGGAGAAGCCAUUUGUCUGAUGAACGAAGCAACAAACAUUACGAAAGUUAAGCUCAUAUUUAUGCGCUAUUUAAAUAAAAUUCGCUACAGAAUUACUGCAAGAGAUCCUUCAGCCAUUCAAACCAUGCGAGAAGUUGAAAGAGCGAUGCAAAUUUGCAAUCCCAACAAUUGCGAAAGGACAUCGACAUCUUUUAAAGAAAUUUGCAUAUGUUGUAUCAUUCUCGCAAUUUCGUUUUUGUUUGUUUGUUGGAGAUGUAGCGUUUUGAUUUAG